AUGGCCUCACGCCCGAGCGGGGACCACCCUCGCGACUCCUCUCACCCGCGAGUCCCGAAUGAUCCCGCUCGAUCUCGAUCUACCCGCUCCCUCGAUCACUCUUCCGGUCCUUACCAUGCUCCCUCUGGAGAUCAUUCUCCGGCCCGUAGAUAUCAGUUCGAUCCCUCCUCUUCCUCUACCAUCGCUAGCCCGACCAGCGCGAGAUUAAAUCGCUCGACCUCUGCUACGAAUAUCCGCAAUGACUACGAUCGUCAUCACGUGCGAUUCUCUCACCACGAUACCUCGAGGUCUCCGUCCAGGGCACCGCCGGACUCCUCCACCGUGAAGAAUUCCGAGAAGCUCUCCAUGAACGAUGAUGCGCCUACCCUCACCGUUACCGCCACCCCGAGUGCUGCUACCAUGUCCGACUACACCUUCACCUCGAAGUUCGGGCUUCUAAGGCCCUCGCGCCUGAACGACACAGCCGAUGCCGUCAAGCACCGCGCCGCGUCUAUAUACCGCAAAUACAUUAUAGAAGGCCUACUGCGCCAGAAGCCUCUGCCACCCAGUCGCGAUGGACGCCACAUCCCGCUAGAUAUCUCGAGCCACUGCCCCCAGGACCUGGUGGAUGAGAGGUCUGGGAAGCCCUACAUUAACAACUUCAUCAGAUCUAGUCGAUAUACCGUAUGGGAUUUCCUGCCCAAGCAGCUCAUCUUCCAGUUUAGCAGGCUGGCCAACUUUUACUUUUUGGUUAUGGGCACCAUGCAAAUGAUUCCCGGCCUGAGCACGACUGGCAAAUACACCACCAUAGUACCACUGGCCAUCUUCGUGUCGUUCAGUAUGGCGAAGGAGGGCUAUGAUGACUAUCGGCGGUAUACCCUCGACAAGGCGGAGAACCGCAGCAGUGCCUGGGUGCUUCGUGGUACCAAGGACGAGUCCGGCAUGAGGCGACCUAACAAGCUAAUAGACCGCGUCAAGAAGCGUUCCGACAAAACAGACUCAUCGAGGGACGAAGAAGAUGUAAUCGAGGAGGUGCAGCAGGAUGGCGACUGGAUGCGCGUCGAGUGGAAGGACAUGAUAGUUGGAGACAUUGUCCGCCUGAACCGUGAUGAUAAUGUUCCCGCCGACCUCAUUCUCCUUCACGCUACCGGACCCAACUGCGUUGCCUACAUCGAGACGAUGGCACUGGACGGCGAGACCAACCUCAAGAGUAAACAGGGCUGCCCCUUACUCGCAGGCCGCUGCCAUAACCUUGAAGGCCUUCGAUCGGUUCAGGCCGAGAUUGUUUCCGAGGACCCAAACCUUGACCUCUACAAUUAUGACGGACGAGUUACCGUCAAUGGCGAGACCUUGCCACUUACCUCGAAUAACAUCAUCUACCGAGGCUCAACCGUACGCAACACGACCGAAGCGAUUGGACUUGUCGUCAACUCGGGCGAAGAAUGCAAGAUCCGGAUGAAUGCCCACAAGAACAUUCGUGCGAAGGCGCCUGCCAUCCAGAGCAUCGUCAAUAAGAUUGUCCUGUUCCUCGUGUUCUUCGUCGUCAUGCUCAGCAUUGGUCUGACUAUCGGAUACUACCGGUGGAGGGCUGGCUUUGAGAAGCACCUGUGGUUCCUCAUGGGCGCCAGCCUGUCUUUCAAGAAUAUUUUCAUCGCCUUCCUCCUUAUGUUCAACACUCUCAUUCCCUUAUCACUCUACAUCAGUCUUGAAAUUAUCAAGCUCGGUCAGCUUUACUUCCUUGGCGACGUGGAGAUGUACGAUCCCGUCACUAACACACCCAUGGUGGCCAAUACCAUGACCAUUCUCGAGAAUCUCGGCCAGGUAAACUACGUCUUUUCCGACAAGACGGGUACCCUUACGGAGAACGUCAUGCGCUUCCGGAAAAUGUCGGUCGCCGGUAUGCCGUGGCUCCACGACAUGGAUGUCAAGCGCGACGAGGCCGACAAGCAGCGCAAAAUUGAAGAGUCCGAACGUCUACGCAAAAGCAAGAAGAAGAAGAAGAAGGCGAAGCAGGCCGCCGCCGCUACUACAUCUCUUGGCAAGGUACUCGAUGAUGACGAUGAUGACGCGGCUACUGGUGUCGGUGUCGGUGGUCCGGCCGGAGCCCGUGAGAGCUUUGCGUUGUCCGACCUAGGCUCGCCCGUUUCGCCCGUUACUCCUGGAGGUCAUUUCUUCCGCGGCCCUGUUGCGUCAUCAUCUAGGUCCAUGACUCGUGUGGCGGCUGGUUCAGAGCCCAAGACGGAGCAACUUUUACGCUAUCUUCGCGAGCGUCCCAAUACCUCCUUCUCGAGGAAGGCGAGGCACUUUAUCAUCUGCAUGGCACUAUGUAAUACUUGUUUGCCGGAAAUCAAGGAGAAUGGACAGAUUGCGUAUCAAGCCUCAUCUCCCGACGAGCUCGCCCUUGUCGAGGCUGCCCGCGACCUUGGCUAUGAGAUGAUUGACCGUCCUGCCGAUAGCAUCAAGCUAAGGUACACCGACGCCACCACUGGGAAUACUGUUAUCGAAGUAUUUGAAAUACUCGAUGUCAUCGAGUUCACGAGCAAGCGGAAGCGCAUGUCCAUCAUUAUCCGGAUGCCAGACGGUCGCAUCUGUGUCUUGUGCAAGGGCGCCGACAGCGCUCUCUUGCCACGUUUGAAGCUGAGCAACCUCGCGAUCCAAAAGGCCCGUGAAGUCGAGAUCCAAGCAAACAGGCGCCGCAGUCAGGAGCAAGAGAAUAUCAUCCGCAGGCGGAGCUUGCACGGAACUCCCCGCAAUAGUAUGGCUUUAAGCCGUUCCUCGACAUCCGGCGUCCGACCGGCGCUUGCUAAGGCUCGCGCGUCGCUCGACUUUAGGCGCAUUUCGACGGAUAUCGGCCGUGAAAGCCACGACUACCGCAACCUUCGCAAGUCGAUGAGUGACAUGGGGGUGACUUCUCCGACCGUCGCGUCCAAGAAUGAUGGCUACCUUUCUCCACGACCUAGUUUGACUCUAUCUACGUAUGAGAUGCUUGAAGGCCUCGUCGACGAGUCUGUCGCCAUUAACGAAGGUACGGUCUUUGAACGGUGUUUCCAGCACACGGACGACUUCGCUACCGAAGGUCUGCGUACCCUUCUCUUCGCGUACCGCUACAUCGAGGAAGACGAUUAUCGCACAUGGAAGAAAAUUUACCACGAAGCGACGACGAGCUUAGUUGAUCGACAGGAGAGGAUCGAGGCUGCUGGUGAGCUGAUUGAGCAAAAAUUUGACCUUGCUGGGGCCACUGCCAUCGAGGACAAGCUGCAGGAGGGCGUGCCGGAAACCAUUGAUAAGCUGAGGCGGGCAAACAUCAAGGUUUGGAUGCUCACGGGUGACAAGAGGGAGACGGCCAUUAACAUUGGCCAUUCGGCGAGGGUGUGUAAGCCGUUUUCGGAGGUUUAUAUCCUUGACGCCAACUUGGCGAACCUCUUUGACACGCUCACGUCGACGUUGACCGAAGUCGGCCGCGGCAUGGUGCCUCACUCUGUGGUGGUCGUUGAUGGGCAGACGCUUUCCGACAUCGAUGACGACAAGACUCUUAGCGCUCUGUUCUACGAUCUUGUUGUUCGCGUCGAUUCCGUCAUUUGCUGUCGAGCUUCCCCCUCGCAGAAGGCCCAGCUUAUCAAGAAGAUUCGUCACCGCGUCCCCAAGACGAUGACGCUCGCAAUCGGUGACGGCGCCAACGACAUUGGUAUGAUUCUCGCCUCGCACGUCGGCGUCGGAAUCUCGGGCCGCGAGGGUCUGCAGGCGGCCCGUAUCGCCGAUUACUCGAUUGCUCAGUUCCGGUUCCUCCAACGGUUGCUUUUCGUACACGGCCGAUGGAACUAUAUCCGCACCAGCAAGUACGUCCUCGCGACCUUUUGGAAGGAAAUCUUCUUCUUCCUGGCCCAGGCGCAUUACCAGCUGUUCACCGGCUACACGGGCACGUCGCUGUACGAGAACUGGAGCUUGACAGUCUUCAACGGCGUGUUUACCUCGAUUCCCGUCAUCAUUCUGGGUAUUCUGGACCAGGACCUUAGCGCCAAGACGUUGCUGGCUUUUCCCGAGCUGUAUAACUUUGGUCAGCGGUGCAAAGGGUUCAACUAUAUGAAUUUUAUCACCUGGAGCGUGAUGGGCGCUCUCGAGUCUUGCCUGUUGUUCUACGUUGUGUGGGCCGUGUAUAGGAACAUGCAGUUUACAUCGGAUACGUCGCUCUACGCCAUGGGAAGCGCAUGCUUUACGGUUGGUGUCUUGUUCAUCAACAUUAAGCUCCUCGUACUUGAAAUGCACAACAAGACAAUCAUCACGUUUGCUGGUCUCUUCCUCUCCAUCACGGGAUGGUUCAUGUGGAAUCUUCUCCUCGGCGCCAUCUAUCCUAGCGGCCUCAAGAUUUACCAGGUACCUGGCGCGUUUAUGCACAACUUUGGCCACACCCUCACGUGGUGGACCAUUGGCCUACUUGUAUUGCUAAGCCUCAUCGUCAUCGAGCUGAUUUUCGCCGCCGUACGACGAGUGUACUGGCCGGGCGACUGGGACAUUAUGCAGCGAGUCGAAAAGGAAGGCCGAGUAGAGGAGAUGCGCAGAGAGGUGGAUGCUGAGAAGGGAGAGGUCGAAGGCAUAGACGUGAUCGAUACCAGCCCUGUUGCCGACGGCGCAAUGGAGAUGCGGGAAGUGAGAAUCACGGGGGACACGCUGACCGUGCCUGGCGCGGCGGGAAGCGAGAUCCGGACGAGUUUCCAGGAGAUGAGAUCCAGCUUCCACGACACUCGAUCGAGCUUCCAGGAAAACAGACGCAGUUUCCACGAACGAAGGGCGGACACGUCGGCGCACAGGUGGCCACGGCGGUCGCAUGACGAGUACGUUAGGCCGUCGUUUACGCCUUUGGCUGAAGAGAGGAGGAAUCCGUUUGAUAGAGUGGGGGGGCAGAAUAGCCUGCCCGAAGACGGAAGAGAGAGUUGA